UGAUUUCUGCCUCAUGAACUCUUCCUGCUUGCAGUGCAUGAGCUCAGCACAGCGAUGGCUGGGAUUUAAUCUCCAAGUGCCCCUGCAAGCUGUCUCAGAUGAAGAUGAGCGCCCUGUUCCUCCUGCUCCUGGUGUCCAUCUCCAGCUCCACAGCAGUGCAGGACCUGCCGAGGCGGGAGCCACGGCGCCUGUCGUGUGUGCGAUGCUGCGGACCCUCAGAGCAGCCCGUCUCCAUCGUCUCCUCACGAUACACGAGGAUGAGCAGUGAUCCUGCUUCCUCGGUACCCAAAGUGCAGCCAACCAUAGACAUCACCAUCCUCAAAGGUGAGAAGGGGGAAAUGGGAGAAAAAGGGUACCCUGGAGCAACUGGGAAGGAAGGAGAGAGAGGGCUACGUGGUUUCAAUGGACGAAAGGGCCAGAAAGGCCAGCCUGGCCCCCAAGGCCAUUCAUGCAAGCAGCUCUAUGCUGCCUUCUCAGUGGGUCGCAGAAAGCCCUUGCAUAGCUCAGACUACUUCCAGCACGUCAUUUUCGACACCGAGUUUGUGAACCUCUACAAGCAUUUCAACAUGUUCUCAGGGAAGUUCUUCUGCUACGUGCCAGGAAUCUACUACUUCAGCCUCAAUGUCCACACUUGGAACUUCAAGGAGACCUAUCUGCACCUGAUGAAGAACGAGGAGGAGAUGGUGAUCCUCUAUGCCCAGCCCAGCGACCGGAGCAUCAUGCAGAGCCAGAGCCUGAUGCUGGACCUGCAGGAGGGAGACGAGGUCUGGGUGAGGAUGUUCAAGCGGGAGAGAGAAAACGCCAUCUAUAGUGAGGAGUCUGAUGUUUACAUCAUCUUCAAUGGCCAUUUAAUCAAGCCAGCUGUAGAGUAGUUAUUCCUCAGCUUCAGGCUUCAAAAGCUUCAGAGCUUUUGGUAGGGGUUUCUCUUAUGCAUUCAUUAGUGUCUUCCCUUUUAGAAAUGCACAUCCAGCUCUGCUUGGAAGGACUGCAGGAGGCAGCCUCCUGGUGGCUUUGUGUCCAUGCCAGGAACACCUGUGAAUGGAGGUGAUGGGGCUUCAAGGUGCUCCAAGCUAUGACCAGUAAAGGCUUUAACCCUUAGCCUGCAUUGGAAACAAAGCACAGAAUGUCCCAGUUCUGCAGCCCCAUACGGAUCGCCAAGAACAUCCCUGAAGAGUCUCCAAGUUGGUAACAACAAAAUUAAUCUCUGCUUUUCCUUAGAAAAGACAGGAUUGUAUAAACUGGAAGGCAUUUGGACUGACUAGCCCAAAAAGAUGUUUUGAUGGGUCAUCAAAUACCUGUUGUCCAGGUGCUAAUUAAGGAACAUAUCUAUCAUGCUUAACAGUGCACAGUAUUGCUAACAAAGCCCCCUUUCUGCCAGCACCCACACCAGGCCUGCUCCACUCAGGUGGGCAAGAACACACCGUGUUAGUAUUUUGCACAAUACAAUUACCUUGAGUUACAUUUCUGUUCCAUUUCAUACAGUAAUACAUUCUGAGAGCAAAAUGCUAGAAUUACAUAAAUAGCAGCAUAUUGACCCAGAAAACUUUCCCAAAAGCAUAGUUUUAAGUACAGCUGCAGCCAGAUGCCACAACUUUUCUAGACUGCUGUAUUGCUAGCAAAACUUUUUGCAUAACACCAGGGUACCAUGAGCAUUUCCAUUUCUAAGGAAAACAGUGGGCACUGCCUAGGAUCCUAUUUGUGAGUGCUCACUGCCAAGCUGGAGUCUUCAAGACAUGAGUAUAGCAUUAAUUACUGUCUUCCAGCACUCUCACCUCUGGUAACUGGAAGAGAAAAGCAGGAGGAAGAAAGGUGCUUCACUGCCAGCAGUGAUAUUACAGGGAAUUUGGUCUCACAUCAAAAUAGAGAGGUGCAUGCAGCAGCAAGAAACCUCAUUUUCCUCUGGUUCCUCCAUGCCCACCCCCUCCUGUUUGCACCUUGAGUCGUUUGUAUUUAGGAUAUAUGAAGACAAAUUGCUUCACUGCUGUGCCUCACCUACCCACACCUGUUCAGAA